AUGAUGGAGAACGGACACAGAUCUGAUGGUGCAUCCACUUCCAAAAACCACUCAGGAUCUCUACACCUACAGAUUCCAAAAAAUGAAGACAAUUACGAAAUCGCGAUUCCGCUGGAGGAAAGCAACUUUGAGCAGCAAGGAUUUUUCAACCAAAAUGACCAAAAUUUUGAAGAGUCACCGCCAUCUGCUGGCACCUCCCACGUGAACAGCUCUUACAUGGUGAUCACCAACCUUCGGACGCAGCUGCAGAUUUCUAUGGAGAAAAACUCCUGGCUUCAGAAACGAAUUGAGGACCUGGAAGAGGAGCGGGACUUCCUGCGGUGCCAGCUCGACUGCUUUAUUUCGUCUACAAAAAGCCAGCGACAAGAUCAAGGCAAGUACAGUAAUGGUUACGAGUCAAGACGAUUCAAUUGGAGGGAAAGACGAGAGGGUGAACGUUCUGCUGAGCAACAAAAACCAGACACGCCACGCUUACCCUCUCACCAGUUGAUCCAACGAAGGCCCCCUGUGACAUCAGCAGCUCCCUCCCAAAACCACGUCUCCAAUCCAAUGAACAACCAGAUGGCCUCCAUGAAUGCUCUGUUCACUCCGGCACAAUCCGCAGCCCUCCUGCAUGGCCUCAGCACUGCCAGUAAUUCAGCUGGUGGCAGCGGCAUUAACAGUUCUGCGAGACCGCUGAUGAAUGAGCAUCGAAACUUAAAUCCAGAUCCUCUUCCACUCAUGGGGGAAUCGGAUGAAUAUUUGGAAAAUGAUGGCUACCUAGAAGAGGAGGAAAUGAUGCCUGGAGAAGGUCCUGUGCAAGAUCCCAUUCACAGCAACAAACUAUUAUUGAAGAGAAGGAGACUAUUCAGAGGGAUCAGAGAGAGGCAAAGAGUAAAAGACCCUGCUGGAGUGCUUUUCCGCUAUAAGAAAAUCCUCCUCACAUACCAACGUGUCAAAAACAUGUCCAAGGCAUUCCAAAUCCAUGGCGUGGAUCGCAACACCGUGGCUUCUACCACACCUAUCGCAGAGCUCAUGCUUGCAGCCCCCGAGAAGGUGGCAGUGGUUGGAGAGUUUGACCCAUCCAAGGAGAAACUGCUGGAAUACGCUCGCCGCUGCUACAUGGCGCUGGAUGGGGAGAUUGUUAACAGGGUGCAAGCUCUGAAGAAAAACUACUUACUUCUGCCUAUCGCUUACAGGUUCAGACACACUGACAUAUGA